UAGGAAAGGGGGUAAAUACAUAUGCACGCACCACUUUUCCAUUUUUUUUCCCACAAUUUUUUCAAAGAAGUAAUUUUUUAAAUUUCACCUCACCAAUUUGGACAUAUUUGUGUAUGUCCAUUAAAUGAAAUCCAAAUAAAAAAUCAAGUUAAAUUACAGGUUGUAAUGCAACAAAAUAGGAAAAACUCGUAGGGGUGAAUACUUUUGUAAGGCACUGUAAUUCUGUACUCCUUACCGCACUUGCCAAAUAUCACAACUCAAAAUUAAACAGGUCAUGCAAUAUGCAUAUUCUGGACUAUUUUCAAUAAUGUUGACUACUAUGUCUUCUUCUCCAUAGCAUCUAUGGAUGGCCAUCUUCAAGACUCUUGCUCAAACAAUAUGGUCUCAAUAAGCCAAUUAUUCUUUUCCAUACUUUACAGAUUAGCUUGACUCAUACCCCUUAGCAUGUGUGCCGAAUUUCAUCACUCUGACAGAUCUAUAUAAACAUAUGCCGGUUUUAGUGCCACCGUGUGGUGGAUCUGAAUGACAGUGUUUGGAACAUGUGUACCUACAAUACAAAUAUCUGUAUCUGAUUUAUUUGCAUUAAUGUGCCAGACCAUGCCCAUAUGAAUGUUUUUUGACAUACUAGCCUUGGAAAAUUUGCGCUGAGAGACCUUGGUCCAUAGAUGCCAUAUGUCAAUGUUCACCAAGAUUGUCCCAGUGGUUCCAAAGGAGAUGUCAUUUAAGUGUUUUUCACAAAUUUCAAAAUCGUGGAAAAUCCAUCAUGGCAGACUUUAUGGGUCCUCGAGGCAAAUUUGUUGGCAAGACAGCACAAAUAGAUCUGGGACCAGGCUAGUUGUAGGCUUUAAACAGUACCGCUCAUUAUCCUGUCCUGUUAUUAUUUUGUGUAUGCCUUUCAUCUACAAUCUCCUGCUAGUACAAUGGUCUAUUCCCCUCUGUUGUCCUCUGGAGAGGGGUGAGAUAAAACCGUGUUUGUCUUCUGUUCUCUGAGCUUGCCCGGGGCCAUGGCGUUGAGGUAAAAUGAAAUGAAGCUUUGUUUAAGAUAAGACAGACUGAUGAAACCCGAGCUGUCUCUGGCUGCUCCCCAGUCCCGACUGAUCCACUGCCACUGCCACUGCCACUGUCCCUGCCAGCUUCUCUUCCUCUCUCACUCUUUCUCUCUCUGGAUAGGUCUAUUCAGGGUAGUAGUAGAGCCUACACCAUAUUGCUUAGGUUUACAGAGCUACAGUCUUAAAAGGGUAGGGCCAAGAGGAAGGGGUAGGGAAUGAACUGAGACUCUUUCUUUCUUUCACACACACAAACACUCUGUCUCUCCCAGUCUAACAAGUGUUCCACAGCUGUGAGUGAAAAGGUAGCAACAUUUCUGGCAGUUGUUUUCCUUUAUUGUAAGUGGCAGCAGCUGUAUUUCUAAGCUGAUCACUUCUUGAGAAGUUGUGGACAUCAGAACCAGUUGGCAUAUUAACCUCUCUGGGAUAUUUGGGAUGCAAGCGUCCCACCUCAACAACAGCCAGUGAAAGUGCAGGAUUCAAAACAACAGAAAAAUUCAAAACAACAGCGCCAAAUUCUAAACAGAAAUCCCAUAAUGAAAAUUCUUCAAACAUACAAGUAUUUCACACCAUUUUAAACAUAAACUUGUAAAUCCAGCCACAGUGUCCGAUUUCAAAAAGGCUUUACGACGAAAGCACACCAAAUGAUUGUUAGGUCAAAGAAAAACACAGCCAUUUUUCCAGCCAUAGAGAGGAGUCACAAAAAGCAGAAAUAGAAAUAAAAUUAAUCACUAACCUUUGAUGAUCAUCAUCAGAUGACACUCAUAGGACUUCAUGUUACACAAUACAUGUAUGAUUUGUGCGAUAAAGUUCAUAUUUAUAUAAAAAAAAAUCUCAGUUUACAUUGGCGCCAUACGUUCAGUAAUGUUUUCCUUCCAAAACAUCCAGUGAUUUUGAAGAGAGCCACAUCAAUUUACAGAAAUACUCAUCAUAAAUGUUGAUGAAAAUACAAGUGUUAUGCAUGGAACUUUAGAUAAACUUAUCCUUAAUGCAACCGCUGUGUCAGAUUUCAAAAAAGCUUUACCGAAAAUGCACACCAUGCAAUAAUCUGAGUACAGCGCUCAGACAACAAAACAAGCCAUACAGAUAUCCCCAAUAUUGUGGAGACAACAGAAGUCAGAAAUAGCAUUAUAAAUAUUCACUUACCUUUGAUGAUCUUCAUCAGAAUGCACUCCCAGGAAUCCCAGUUCCACAAUAAAUGUUUGAUUUGUUCGAUAAAGUCCACCAUUUAUGUCCAAAUACCUCCUUUUUGUUCGAGCGUUUAGUACACAAUUCAAACUCACGACCCGCGGGCAAGUCCAGGCAAAAGUUCAGAUGAAAAGUCAUAUUACAGUUCGUAGAAACAUGUCAAACGAAGUAUAGAAUCAAUCUUUAGGAUGUUUUUAACAUAAAUCUUCAAUAAUGUUUCAACCCGGAGAAUUCCUUUGUCUGUAGAAAUGCGAUAGAAAGCAGGUCGCUCUCACGUGAGCGUGCGGGAUCAGCUCAUGCCACUCUGGCAGACCCAUGACUCAUUCAGCUCUCAUUCUCCCCUCCUUCACAGUAGAAGCAUCAAACAAGGUUCUAUAGACACUGUGUAUUCGAUAGUCAAUGAAUUGAAAAACCACAAACCUCAGAUUUCCCACUUCCUGGUUGGAUUUUUUCUCAAGUUAUUGCCUGCCACAUGAGUUUAGCAAUACUCACAUACAUCAUUCAAACAGUUUUAUAAACUUCAGAGUGUUUCUAUCCAAAUCUACUAAUUAUAUGCAUAUUCUAGAUUAUAGGACUGAGUAGCAGGCAGUUUACUCUGGGCACCUUUUUAUCCAAGCUACUCAAUACUGCCCCCCAGUCCCAAAGAAGUUAACAGUUAGUGGAGUUUGGUUGAGAGAUUUUAGGAGCAGCUGAUGGAGAUGGAAUGAGAAAGAGUUGUGAUUAGGCUACUACACAAUCUCUGAUGCCCCUCUGGGAAGAAGCUGGGUUCCCCUCGCUCUCUGCAUUCCCUGGCACGGACAGACACCUUUCAUUGGGUGCCAGGCUCAUAAUUUCAGUAAUUAACCUGCACAUGCUUAGCAAAAUAAGGGAUGCUUUUUUUACAGCUCCGGUGUGGCCAGAGCUGUCUGGUCUCGCUCCCAGGGCAAACUUUUGCAAGGGACCACACAAUACUGUCUAUGCUGUCAGGUACUGGCUGAACUGCAGCAAGCUACACAGUGCUAGCCAGUCAGACAGGCAGCAUCCAGUUCCCGCCAUCUGCCAAGUAUCCCAAAUUGGACUCCCUCCGGUAGUCUCGGGGCCAGUAACAACUGUAAUUGCACGGAAUGUGUGCUUUUCCUGAGGUAACUGUGUUAUUCCAAGCCGGGAUAGUUUAUUCCUUUUUAUUGUAACGGAAAAUGGGAAUUGGUGGGAAAGUCAUUCCAAGUCAACGUUUGACUGUUUAGCUUUAAAACAAUGUCUUUAUUUCAUUAACUAAUAUGUGGCAUGCCUGAUUAUUAUUCCAAUCAUGGUUAAAUAGGCUAAUUAUGUUUGAAGAGUUAUGCUGAAUAUUAUCCUAAAGUGUAGAAGUACUGAGCCUAAAUGGUAGUCUAACUAAUGACAGGUGUGUUGCCUUUCACUUGUCUCUGUUGCAGCUUUCUUUUGUAUCUCAUACAGUUGAUGGUCUGAAUGUCACUCAUUGUUACUUGUCAGUAUAAAUUAUUACAAUCAUACCAAAUUAAACAUAUACUGCAUGCCUUUUCAACAACAGCAAAUACUUGAGUUCAAUAUUCAACAUUGCAGCAUUUCUACCCAAAUGUACAUCUCAUGCCCAAAUCAUCCCAAAGGCUGUCACGACUUCCGCCGAAGUUGGUCCCUCCCCUUGUUCAGGCGUCGUUGGGCGCUCGACAUCACCGGCCUUCUAGCCACUGCCGAUCCACUUUUAAUUUUCCAUUCGUUUUGUCUUAGUCUUACACACCUGGUUUCACUCACCCAAUUACCUGUUUAUUAUUUAACUCUCUGUUCACCAUGUUUGUUUGUGAGUGAUUGUUUUUUGUAAAUCGGUCCGUUAUUGUGAGCUUGUAUAUUUGCCUUGUAUUUUUGUAUUUUGAGUAAAGUAUGUUAAUUACUAAUUUCUGCUGUCCUGCGCCUGACUCUCUACACCAGCUACACACAGGACCCUAUUACAAAGGCUGUGUUUACACAGGCAGGCCAAUUCUGAUAUGUUUUCCACUAAUUGGUCUUUUGACCAAUCAGUUCAGAUCUUUUACCAAUAAUUGUGCACAAUAUCAGAAUUGGGAUGCCUGUGUAAACGUUGCCUAGUGUCUGAAAGUUAUUGUGAAUGAAGAUACUUUGUGUAGAUAAUUUAGUCUAUAACAUCCUAAUUUGGGGAUAUGGACUUUUUGGGCAAGCAUGGUAAGGUUAGUAUUUAGUGACAACAGCCAGGUAAAUUAAACCAAAGUAUGAAUCGUUGUCUCGCCUAGUCCAAAGAAUGCUUAUUUUUUAAAUAUGUUUUAUUGUCACAUACACCGGAUAGGUGCAGUGAAAUGUGCUGUUUUACAGGGUCAGCCAUAGGCCUCACAAGUUGUCAACUGGCAGCUUCAUUAAAUAGUACCUGCAAAACACCAGUCUCAAUGUCAACAGUGAAGAAGUGACUCUGGGAUGCUGGUCUUCUAGGCCAAAGUUCCUCUGUCCAGUGUCCAUGUUCUUUUGCCCAUCUUAAUAUUUUCUUUUAAUUGACCAGUCUGAGAUAUGGCUUUUUCUUUGCAACUCUCCCUAGAAGGCCAGCAUCCCGGAGUCUUCCCUGUUGACGUUGAAACUGGUGUUUUGCGUGUACUAUUUAAUGAAGCUGCCAGUUGAGGACUUGUGAGGUGUCUGUUUCUCUAACUAGACACUCUAAUGUACUUGUCCUCUUGGUCAGUUGUGCCCCGGGGCCUCCCACUCCUCUUUCUAUUCUGGUUAGAGCCAGUUUGCGCUGUUCUGUGAAUGGAGUAUUACACAGCAUUGUACGAGAUCUUCAGUGUCUUGGCAAUUUCUUGCAUGGAAUAGCCUUAAUUUCUCAGAACAAGAAUAGACUGUCCAUUUUGAGUCUGUAAUCGAACCCACAAAUGCUGAUGCUCCAGAUACUCAACUAGACUGAAGAAGGCCAGUUUUAUUGCUUCUUUAAUCACACAACAGUUUUCAGCUGUGCUAACAUAAUUGCAAAAGUGUUUUUUUCAAAUGAUCAAUUAGCCUUUUAAAAUGAUUAACUUGGAUUAGCUAACACAAUGUGCCAUUGGAACAUAGGAGUGAUGGUUGCUGAUAAUGGGCCUCUGUACGCCUAUGUAGAUAUUCCAUUAAAAAUAAACCGUUUCCAGCUACAAUAGUCAUUUACAAGAUUAACAAUGUCUACACUGUAUUUCAGAUCAAUUUGAUGUUAUUUUAAUGGACAAAAAGUUGCUUUUUAAAAAACAAGGACCCCAAAUUUUUGAACAGUAGUGUAUAUAGUUUUUUUGCAAAUGUAUAAAUAUGUAAUUAUAGGGAAUUGUGUGUAGAUUGCUGAAAAAAAAGUUAUUAUUUAAUCCAUUUUAGAAUAAGGCUGUAGAGUAACAAUAUGUGGAAAAAGUCAAGGGGUCUGAAUACCUUCCGAAGGCACUGUAUGUAGCCUCAGCUUGUUUUUAUUACGCAGGGUUUUCUGUUAUACUGGGUGAAGCCCAAAUGUAUAGUUCUCCAUAAAUAUUAAAUUACUAACUGCUUUUGACACAUUUUGCUCAUCUUUUCCCGAUGGCUACCACAUGUGAGUCCUCGGUGGAUGGCUUGCCAUACUUCCAGUUAACAAAAGCCACUUGGCAUAUAGGCUUGGAACACAAGGCCUUUUUGUUUUAUCAAAAAGCUUUACCCCUCCAUUUUGAGUUGAUGUUUUCUCUCAAAGACGCUGUUGGGUGAAAUGGAAAGUGUUGUAAGUCAUAUAACGGUGUCUAAAUGUCACCGUAUAAGACUUCUAGAUUGGGUACUCUGUGAAUGUAAUGUUUUGGAAACAGGCGGUAGUAGUGAUUGAGAUGUUAUUUUGGUAGCCUUGAUUUUCUCAUAAACAAUUGCAAGCUAGAUACACAAUCCUUAAAGAUGAAUACAAAAAUGUCAGUAACCUUUUCUUUGAAGUUCAUCAUCUCUUACUUUAAUCAUGAUCUACAGUACUAAAUAUGCAUACAUGGCCCUUGACCUCACUAUAUCAGUGCAACCAGUUUGGCUGUAGAUAAAGUCCUGUUGGAGGCUUUAGAAAACUAAUUAUCUUCCCUGUCUAGAGGGACAGCCUCUUUCUUUGAAGAAUGAUUAGCCCAUUACUCACUACCGUACGUUGGCACCAAUGUACUACAGAGGCUCUGCGGCAGCCAUCAUUGUUUACGACAUCACCAAAGAGGUACAGUAUCCCCUCCUGUUUCCCUCUGGUAACAUGGUGUGACAUGACAUUUUGUUUUUUUCCUCAAAUGUUUAAAGGGACAAUGCCACUUUUUUCUAUGUCAUUCCUAUGUCAUCAGGAGUCAUUUGCAAAAUAAAUCAGCUCUCUCCAUCAUUGAGAAACUCAGUUUUUUAAAUAUUUUUUAUGACCCCUGCUGACAUCAUAGGGACAGGUUUUCUUAGGACCUUUUCUUAUAUUUUUGACUACAGAAAAAAUGCUCCAAAUAGAUUGACCUUUGCAAAAACAUAGGUAUCCAUGCACGGCAUACAGCUUGUAUGUCUACUGUAGGCGACUAUGGGAUCCCACUGGUCACUUUGAGUCAAAUAUAGGCAUGUCCAGUAAACAUAUACUGUCCAUACUCAUGUGUUUGCAUGUCCUGUUCACAUCUCCUAUGUUUCACACCUGUUUAAAUCCCACACACGCACACAGUUAUGCGUUGCAUAACAUUAUCUCAAACUAUAAUAUGUAACAAUGUAAGAUGUUUACUAUAUGUAUACUAUAAAGUAGUAAUAACUUUAUAGUAUAUAGUUGCCAUGGCACCCUAGUAGCAGCAUAAGCAGAGAGCUCCUGUACAUUUGUAAAUAUUUUUGUAAUUAAUGAAUUAAGGCUUUGUAUAAUCUUUUUGUUUAAAGAAUGAACAAUUAAUAUAACUAAUUAAUAUCAUCAGAAUCAACCACGGCAUUAAGACUGCAGGUGAAGUUGGCUAUUCAUUUCUUUGUUUUGCUAGCUAGCAAGCAGCUAACAUUAGCUGGCAAUUGUUUUGAUUCGAAUGCAAGCUAGUAUCCAGAGGUUGAGGAUGGAGAGAAGUCCAAAAGCAAGACGGCAGAUCGGUGUGGACUCGUUCCAGGCAUUGAAAAACUGGAUGAAGGAGCUUCGCCAACACGGCCCUCCCAACAUUGUGGUAGCCAUCGCUGGCAACAAGUGUGACCUGUCCGAGGCCAGGGAGGUCUUGGAGAAGGAUGCCAAGGACUACGCAGACUCCAUCCAUACCAUCUUUGUGGAGACCAGUGCCAAGAACACCAUUAACAUCCAUGAGGUCUUUAUAGAGAUAAGUCAACAGAUCACUGUCCUAGAUGCAGGAGGAGGGGCUGCAGGGAAGGGCUUCAAACUGCACCGCUAGCCCUCAGAGACCCAGACCUGCUGCUGAUGCUGCCAGUGAACCCUGAUCUUAGUCCCACCCUGACUCUUGACCCCUGACGCAAUGACCUUUCUCUGCUUGCAGCCUCCAUAGUCCCUCCAACAGAAUACCACUCCUCCAUCGGGGACCACUGACUCCUACCGCCAUUGCCUCCUCCAUCUAAUACUCCACUCUAAAGAGCAAGCCUAUUGCAAUUCACUGGGAUAUUGCUUCGGCUUGGAUUUUGUGAAGCUGUCGGUUUGUUUUCUGUCUCCCUAUCCAGACCCCAGAAGGUUCAACCAAAGUUCACAGCCUUUAGUAUUUUGCCUUUAGGUUCCUCAAGAAGGUCAAUGGAAGUAUCACCCGCUCUCUUGCUGUGUUCACUUCGUCCUAUUCCUAUAUAGUGCACUAAUUUUGACCAGGGCCCAAAAGUAGUGCACUAUAUAGGGAAAGAGGGUGCCAUUUGAGAUGUAUCCUCAAAGGUUUUCAGCGUAAUAUGUCUUAAUCUGGCAGUCCAAAGCCACAGCAAUUGCUAUGAUUGCCCAAGUUAAGUGUUCCCUCCCUGCCUGUCUUUUAUAGGUCUUGUAAUAGUUCUGAAAAGAAGAAGAACGUUAACACAGAUAUAAUUUCUGUUUCGAUCUCGUAAACCUCUACACGGGUCCUGGCAUCAUCGGGUUUACAGCAUGCUGUGAUUCUUUUCUUGCAAUGGCUACAGGGUCUAUUUUGUAACCGUAGACAAUAUGGGGGUUAUUUUUAACAUACCUUUACAUUUUCAGUUUCUUCUUAAAAAAUGGCUAGGUAGGCCUGUAUAGAUGUACUUUCUCCACCUCUAAAUGGACUAAUACCAAUCUCUUACUAAAUCAACUAGAGUAAGUCACACUAAGUAUUUAUUUUUAUUUUUUUACACUUAUUUUACCAGGUAAGUUGACUGAACACAUUCUCAUUUACAGCAACAACCUGGGGAAUAGUUACAGGGUAGAGGAGGGGGGAUGAAUGAGCCAAUUGUAAGCUGGAGAUGAUUAGGUAACCGUGAGGGCGAGAUUGGGAAUUUAGCCAGGACACCAGGGUUAACACCCCUACUCUUACAAUAAGUGCCAUGGGAUCUUUAGUGAUCACAGAGUCAGGACACCCGCUUAAUGUCCAAAAGACGGAACCCUACACAGGGCAAUGUCCCCAAACACUGCCUUGGUGCAUUUUUAGACCAGAGAAAAGGGUACCUCUUACUGGCCCUCCAACACCACUUCCAGCAACAUCUGGUCUCCCAUCCAGGGACUGACCAGGACCAACCCUGCUUAGCUUCAGAAGCAAGCCAGCAGUGGGAUGCAGGGUGGUAUGCUGCUGGCCUAAGUAACAACAGUUUCAUUAAUCUGGAGCGUACCAAUUUGUUUUUUUACAGAGUGCCACUUCAGUCUGAAAAUAUUAACACCUGUAUGGAUCUAUCUAAUCAUUGUGAUCCAGAUUGAUGAGUCAGAAGUGCAUGAUAGGAAAUGUAUUUGUGUAGUCUGACCUAUAAUGGCCCUCACACAGUGCUUUGCAGCAUAGGGCCAACUAAGGCAGGUGUUUACCAAACCUUUUGAUACUGCAGUAAUGAAAAUCCCCAAUGGGAGUAAUGUUUCUUUUACAUUUAUUUUGUGUUUUGUUCCUCUGUUACAAUUUUUUAUUCAUCAAUAUCGUUGUCACUUUCUUUCCAUCUGUUUUAGCCUCAACACUUUGGAAGGGAAAUUGGUUUUGUGAUGGUAACGCGGCUGGUUGAUUGUUGCCACUGAAAAUGAGAGAACAGUCCUUUUAUGGCUGACCUCUACAUUGAGAGCAGUGAUGUAAUGGUAAACAGUUUUUUUAUGUAAACUCUUAUCGCCAGUCUCGGUGAAAAAAGUUACACUCUCUAUACUUUUAAUGCAUUUUUUCCACAAAAAGUGGGUAAACCGUGUUUACUUGCGUUUACCCUCCAAUACACCACUGAUUGGAAGGCUUUCAUGAUUCGGGCCCUGUGGUCGUUUCUUAAAGGGCCAGCCUGUUUGAGUGCUAACAAGACUGGCAGUCCCUAAGUGUGCGAUAUAACUUCUCAAACUGCUCACAUUUAGACUUUAAUAUUAGAGCAAAUGAGCCACUCACUGGAAUUCUGUAAAUGCAUGGCCCUGGAGUGCUUGGAGAAUACUGCCAGCCUUUUUACAGUAUUCAUUGUGUUUCAAUGUUUCUGAAAAGGCAUUUUAACUGUUUGUGUGAGUUGGCAACUCCGUCCAUCCUUGAUCUCUUGCUGUUUUUCUUUUACAACCGUUUUACAGGAGAGAUUGAUUUUGUGAGGUCCUACCAAUUCUUUAAUUGUCCCAUAAACAUUUUUCUACUUUAUUUUCUCAUUCUUUUACAGAAUAAGCACUGGCUCACACAUCCAAUGUACUUUUACUACCUGGCCUGAGAUUUAAAAAAAAAGGGCCAUAUCUAGAAACUUGUUCUGGGAAGAACUUGACUACACUCGUCGAGCUUAGAUCUUUCUAAAGAAAAGAGAACCAGGCACUGCGUUCAGUUGACAUGCUGACCCGCUAACAAACAGUGCUCUCUUUUCCUCUCUGAAUUCUAUGCUGUACUCUGUAGACCGGUCGCAUUCGUUCCCCUCGCCCCUUCUUUCCGGCUGCCUUUCCUUCCGUCCACUGUGAUGCAAGCAAUUAAGUCAAGCUUGAAUAUGGAGUGGAACUAGAACACCUUGUCCAGAAAUGAAUCAUUGAAAGAACACUAUAAGAAACAUGUUCACUAUGAUGUCUUAAAUUGCUCCUCUGUGUAGCACAUUAAUGUUAAGUCUCGAAUGUUACAGUAGUUCAUGAGCCAUUGCCAUUUGACUGGCAAUUUAGGGAUAACACUUAGCACAGAGUUGUCAAUGGAAUUGUUCCCCUUUCCUUUUGAUUUCCUAUUAGUGGCUUUCCCUCUUGCCAAAAAUACAGAAAUGGGCCACAUUUGUAACUCCAGUUGUAAACUGGCCACUAUGCCUCCCAGUUGUCUGUCCUUUCUCCUAAUGUGUGUAUUUGUUCACUUCCCAUCAUGGAUUUAAUGACUGGUCUGAGAAAUGUGUUGGAAACUCUCUUUGUAUGCAUUGUACACUAAUCUAAUUAAAUUAUUUUAAAUGAGUGUGGAGGAGUAUACAAGUGCACACCGAUAAUAAUAAGUGGACCGAUAAUUGGAAUGCAAGGUGGGUCUCUUGAGGUUAAGUUGUCUUAAUGGCUUGUAUCCUUUCCUUUUUUCUCAACAUGUUUUUUUUAUUGACCAUUAUGCAUGUCAGUGCAAUAAUUGUCUUUAUGGCAAGGGUUACUCAAAUGUGACAAACAAGAAUUCCUAGGGAUCAAGGAGAUUUAUAAUAUGGUUAUAUGUUACAUUUAGGUGUGAUGUGUUGAUUUCUGAUCAUCGAUUCUUCAAAAGGCCUUUAAAAGUUCAAUGUUAAUGAUUUUGUGGCAUUUUAAAAGUGUUCCUCAAUGAUUUCCACUUGAAAUUAUAUCGUAUUUCGCAAGGACAAGGCAUUUUUUCAAAGGGAAAUUUAUUAUAGCUCUGAUACUUCUACAACUGCACUUUCAGAUCAAGUAUUUGUAUUGAUUUGUGCACCGAACGCUAUCCCCUUUCAGGUAUAUUGUUCCUGGUAGCCUAGUGGUUAGAGCGUUGGGCCAGAAACCAAAAGUUUGCUAGAUUGAAUCCCCGAGCUGACAAGGUAAAAAUCUGUUCUGCCCCUUAACAAGGCAGUUAACCCACUGUUCCUAGGCCGUCAUUGUAAAUAAGAAUUUGUUCUUAACUGGCUUGCUUAGUUAAAAAUAUAUAUUUAUAUAUAAAAGUGGAUUAAUUGCCAUUUUUCUGAAGAAAACAUAUCUGAAAAAUACUAACCAGACAAGUCCCAAUACAUCUUGCACUGUUUGAGUGAAUCAACUUAAUUAAUUGUUUUUGUAAUGCCAUUGCAUCACAUGCUGCCUUUGCAUUCCAGCAGUAAUUAUUUUACAGUAUAGCUUUUUAUUUUGCACUCUGUUGUCGAUGGUGGUGCAGCUACUCGGUGCCAUUUAAAAAGUAAUUUUAAUAGCACAUCAUAUCACUAUUUCAUUGCUCACAUUUGUUCUAACGCUUAAUGGUUGGAAAAGUGGGUAUUUGUAAUACAUAAAUAACAAUGCAAUGUCUAAAUUGUACUGAUUAUGUCUGGUAUGUGAUAAAGUUACUGCAUUUGGCAUGUUAUAUGAGGCAUUAUAGUGUUUAGGGGGUAUCAUAGAAAGACCCCCAGUCUUACAUGAAUGUUUUGGAAAAAUACAAAGUCUUGAGCUGGUCCUGGGAAUGUGUUGCUGCCAAAUCUAUGUUUAAAUUGUCUGUUUUUCAAUGUAGAUACCACAAAACAUGGACAGGACAUUGCACAAAAAGCAAUGACUAUUUAGCCUGUAAGAUUGAAUAUAAUUAAUUGUACAUUGUCUGAGAUGCUAGACCUGGCAUAGAUAGACAAAUGCAUGUACACUGAACCAAUAUAUAAACGCAACAUGUAAAGUGUUUUUUUGUGAGCUGAAAUAAAAGAUCCCAGAAAUGUUC